UAAAUUUACCGCAAUGUAAUAAAUUUAUCAAAUUUACUUAGUUGCUUUAGCUCAAAAUGAUGGUGCAAAAACUGGACAUUUAAGAACUAAAAAAUGGCAAAAUAGAACACGUUUAGAAGUAUUAGAAAGUUAUCAAAAUGCUCCAGAUUAUUGUUUGCAAAUUUAUAUUAAUUUAUAAUUUGUAUUAUAAUUUAUUUAGCUUUCAAGCAUUAGCAUUGCAAAUGUUACUUUGGAAAAUCCCGCCAAUCAUGAUGGUUACGCAUUUGCACUUUUGGGAUCAAAAAUUUGCCUUGUUCAAUUUUUGGCUAUGUAUCAUAAAUUAACAAAUUAUCAUUCUUAUGUUGAUAGUAUUAGCUGUAU